CCGGCGUUUCAGUAUUACACCGCGGAGUUGAGACACGUUGGUGUGCUAUUUAUUUAUUUAUUGUAGUUUCUUUUAAACUUUCCGGAGCCAAACAUGCUCGGCCUGUGCCUUUACGUCCCCGUGUCUAACUCGGAUCCAAUUGAAGUGGAAUAUUUUGAGUCUAAUGGACUGCCGUCGGAGCUGAAGUCUCUGUUCAACAAAUUGAGCGUGUUCCUGCCGUCCCAGGAGUUUUCAACCUACCAAAAAUGGCGACAGAAAACCUUAAAAAGGGAAGAAAAUACUUCAGAUGAGCAACUGGACUUUGAGGAGUUUGUUCAGUAUCUACAAGACUAUGAGAAAGACCUGAAGCUUGUGGUGAAAAGCAUUGACAGGAAGAAUGCAGGCCGUGUUGAUCCUAAGGAGUUCAUGCAGUCUCUUCGGGACCUCGGUGUGCAUAUUUCCCCGCAGCAUGCGGAAAAAGCCAUUAAAAGUAUGGAUACAAAUGGAAUGAUAACUAUCAGCAGUAAAGACUGGAGCAACCAACUCAUGGUGGAGAAGACGGAGAACAUUCCUGAGAUCAUCCUCUACUGGAAGCACUCUACGAUAUUUGAUGUGGGUGAGAAUUUGAUGGUGCCUGAUGAGUUCACUGUAGAGGAGAAGCAGACUGGCAUGUGGUGGAGACACCUGGUCGCAGGUGGAGGAGCUGGAGCAGUUUCAAGGACCUGCACCGCCCCCCUGGACAGACUCAAAGUCAUGAUGCAGGUUUAUGGAUCCCGAACCAACAACAUGUGUAUCAUGACGGGGCUGAUGCAGAUGAUCAAAGAGGGUGGUAUGAGGUCACUGUGGCGAGGCAAUGGUGUGAAUAUCAUCAAAAUUGCCCCAGAGUCUGCCCUCAAGUUCAUGGCGUAUGAACAGAUUAAACGUUUAAUUGGCAGCGAUAAGGAGACUCUGUGCGUCUUGGAGCGAUUUGUUGCCGGAUCUCUGGCUGGAGUGAUUGCCCAGAGCACAAUCUACCCCAUGGAGGUUCUGAAAACCCGCCUGGCUCUGAGGACGACCGGCCAGUAUUCUGGUAUCUCGGACUGUGCCAAGCAGAUUUUCAGGAGAGAAGGACUUGGAGCGUUUUAUAAAGGCUACAUCCCCAACAUGUUGGGUAUCAUCCCCUACGCAGGCAUCGACCUGGCAGUGUAUGAGACGCUGAAGAACAGCUACCUGCAGCAGUACGGCAUCAACAGCACCGACCCCGGCGUGUUCGUCCUACUGGCCUGCGGCACCGUGUCCAGCACCUGUGGUCAGCUCGCCAGUUAUCCUCUGGCUCUGGUCCGCACCCGCAUGCAAGCCCAAGCUGCAACAGGGGGCAGCCAGCAGGUGACAAUGACUGGUCUCUUCAGGCAGAUCUUACAGACUGAGGGCCCGACGGGGCUCUACAGAGGCCUGGCCCCCAACUUCCUCAAGGUCAUCCCCGCCGUCAGCAUCAGCUAUGUGGUGUACGAGCACUUGAAGACGCAGCUGGGAGUGACAUCACGAUGAAAUUCACUCUGUCAUUGUCACAUGCCUUCAGAGAUUGAAUGUGACAAGUGACCCUCACACCUUCCUACCAAAACACCCCGCCACCACCACCUCCACCUCCCCUCCCUCUCUUCCCACACCCAAGGCUAAAGCUGGGGAAUCCCAGGGACCUUUUGGCCCCUCUGUGGGUUCGUGGAGUCUUCUCAUUCUGUGAAUGUCAGCUGACGAAAGACGAGACCGGACGCUGAACGUUGGAAAGGCCAAAGUGGAGGAUAUGGACUCUGUGAGCUCAGAGUGUGACUGCUGCUAUUUAUGUUUUAAAGAAAUUGUGUUGAGAGCUGAAAGGAGAAACAUGAGGAAUGUAAGUGACUAUAAAUCGAGGACCAAAUAUUUUGCUCUUCCUGCCACGUGCGUUUUGGUGCCUGAGCAAAUGUCCUUUUUUGUUCAUGUUGCUGUGAGACAUUGCAGGCUUUGGUCAGUCAGUCAGUAAAAACUGCACCACCAGCACUGUGUUAAAGUUUCUCUGAAAACAGUUGCCCUAAAGAAUACUUGGCAGAUAUAGCAUUAAUAAGCUCUUUAACAGUUCUGCCUGAAGGAAGCAAUGAUUGUGUUCCUAGCUGAGAGGAUUUUGCACAUGUGAGUUUGAUCUCUCUCCACCCUUGUCCUGAAUGAGUGAAUGACUGCUUGCGGAGUAUUUAUUUCCAUCCAUUCUGUAUUUAUUAUUUUAUUGUCUAUAAGAGAGGAGGUAUAACGCUGCAUGUUUCUUGUCUGAAGAGCCAAAUAUGCAAUUGAUAAGUUUUAAAAUGCAGUGUGACUGUAUUCAGGGUGGAACACUAACACCAGGCAACAGCCUUAACAUGUGGCUGUCAUACACUAAAUGAAGUUGUCUGGUGAAUGUCAAGAGUUGGAGUUUGUACUCAUGAGUCAUUGUGGCUGGUGUUUGAGUAACUGAAAAAUAGCUUUGUUGGCACAAACAGCUUCAGAUUAUGUCUGUUAAUGUGUUAUUUAAAGGUAUAAAUGUCUUAAUGUUCACCUCAGGUUUAAGGGCAGAUUAUUGUUUAAUUCACAGAAGAGAGUAUACUGUUAUUUUUCUCUUUUUUUUUUUUCACCACAGCAUUUAUACCUGGAAAAACAAGGGCUUGAAAAAAAUGAGCGACAUAAUGCACUUUAAUCAAUGCAAGGGCUUCUGAACAGGUGUCAUAUCAAUCCAGGUACUUUUUCGUAAAGAAUGAGUUUUAGUAUUAUUUUAAUGGACCAUUUUGAUGCAAAUAAAUGCAAGUUCUUGUAA